AUGUCCUCCCUAGGCCCUACUUGCGAAUGUGGCCAUCAAGCAUGUUACCAUGCACCGGGUGACAGGGUGAGCAGUUUUCUGGCUCAGCAGCCGGCCUCACCACCAGUGCUACCGACGAAGAUGGCUCUGCUAGAGCGGAUCUGUCGGCUAGAGGAGCAGCACAGACAUGAUCGUAGGCUUUGGGAAGAGGAAUUGAAAGAGGAAAGACGCGCACGCCGUGAAGAUACUAGGGUUCUAAGGGAGGCUAUGCAUUCGUUUUAUAAGUUUAUGGAGGGGGAGGUACCACGCAAGUUUGCCGCUGUUGAUGAUAAAACUGACAGCUUGUUGGAUCAUGUGUCGAGGUUGGAGGAGAGGAUUACCAUAAUUGAUGAUUCAACUAUGACUUUAGAGAACCGUGUUUCGGAUCUUGAAGUUGAUGAGGAUGAGGAUGAUGAUAAUGGUUGCAGUGAUGAGAGUCAUAAUGUUGAGAUGGAAACCGAAGAAUCGAACGAGCACGAACAAAGGGGUGAUGAAAAUCUGAACCCUACUCGGGCCAUGCGAAAAUCGUCAAAGAGGGAGCCUGUUCCUAUCAAGAAGGGAACAACCUGCCCCGAACUAAACAGUACGUCUCGGUUCGAGGAUGCUUGCCCUUACAGAACUUCCAUGGCACCUCCCAAACGUCCGGCCGGUUUAGAAUUCCACCCAGCUAGUCUCUCCAUACCGAGUAGCUCAAAAUCACCAAGGAAGGCCGAUAUUAGGCCUCCAAGCCCUACCGCGAUAUCCACUUUCCCCCUAGAUCUUGUUGAGACCUAUUCCGCUGCUACCGGCACCCACACAUAUGUCCACAAACUAACAUCCCCACCUCGCGAUUUUGUCUCUCCGAUCCUCCCCAAGCCAGAAACUCCAACGUGUAAACCCAUGUUCCACGGGACCGUCCAUACUGAAAUGGUUCCUCUCGUCAAAUCACCCAUUUCCCAAUCAUCUUCUGCCAAACACAACGAAGACUUCAGUGCCUCAGAGAGUCAGAAACUAUGCUGCGUGGUAUAUCCUGUGGACACCGACCAGUUUUUUGGGCCAUACUGUGAAUUGCCGAAUUCCGUGUUGAUGAAACGAAAAUUCGAAGCGGGGGGGUACCAGCAAACCGAGAUGGGGAGAGGCUUAACGAGGAGGGACCGGCCAAAGUUCAUCCCAAUACCGCCGCCACUAUCACUGUCAGGCUCAGACCUUGAAGCCUGA